AUGAGUGACGGUCGUAAACGUUUUAGUGGUUCAGAGUAUAAAAAGCGAGCCAAAGAUAAAGAAUAUAAAGAGAGUAAAGUUCUAAAUAAAAUACCUAAACUAAGCACUUUCUUUAAACCUGCUACACCGUCUUCUUUGAAUGCACCUGAUAAUGGUCAACAACAUCAACAUGAUUUAGAAGAGAUUGAAACGAGUAAGUGCGAAUCGGAUUUGGUCAUUAAUAAUUUAACAACUUCUACUUUAAAUAUGGAUCCGGCUACAUUUUAUAUUGAUUAUAAUGAUCCGGCUAAAUGGAUUAUUAAUGAUGUAACUCGCGAUUAUGUGGCAAAACACGGAAUAAAUCAAAAUUUAAAUGAUGAUUUUACAUGUUCUAAACGUGAGUAUCCUGACAAAAAUAGAUUUUUAAAUAAAUCAUUAUUUGUUAGAACACGUAUAAAUGGUGAAGUACAGUCACGACCAUGGUUAGUGUUUUCGAAAUCUACUGGUACAGUGUUUUGUGCACCAUGUCGACUCUUUGGAAGUGCACAUUUAUCAACAUUAGUAACUAUUGGUUUUAAUGAUUGGAAAAAUGCUGUACGAAAAUUAAACGAUCACGAAAAUUCUAUUCCUCAUAAAACUUCAACAGUUGCAUUAAUCGAAAGGGGGAAAACUGCAGGUAAAAUAAACCAAGAAAUUGUUUUGCAAUUAGAACAAGAAACCAAUUAUUGGCGAAAUAUUUUAAAAAGAAUAGUUGCUACUGUACGUUCUUUAGUAAUUCGAGGGUUACCAUUGAGAGGCAGUGAAGAAAAAUUUGGGUCGUAUCAUAGCGGUAAUUUCAUUAUGACAUUAGAGCUUUUAGCAGAAUUUGAUCCCUUUCUAUCAGAGCAUAUUCGCCAUUACGGUAAAAUCGGUAGUGGUAAUACAUCGUAUCUAUCUUCACAGACAUACGGAGAGUUUAUACAAAUUAUGGCAGAAAAAAUUACAAAACAAAUAGUUGAAGAAGUCAAAGUUUCAAAGUAUUUUUCGAUAAGCGUUGAUUCGACGCCCGACGUAUCCCAUGUUGAUCAGUUGUCUUUUAUCAUAAGAUACAUUUCAAAAGAUGGUACUCCUAUAGAACGAUUUUUAAAGUUUAUUGCCAAUACUGGGCAUAAAUCUGAACAACUUGCUGAUGCAGUUUUUGAUACACUUAAUCAAUAUAAUUUGGAUAUUAAAAAUUGCCGCGGGCAGUCAUACGAUAAUGCCAGUAACAUGGCUGGUAAAUACACUGGCCUUCAAGCCAGAAUUAAAGAAGUUAUUCCGUUGGCCAUUUAUGUCCCUUGCUCAGUACAUUCCCUAAAUCUUGUGGGGAUAUCUGCCGUGGAUUGCUGUGAAAAAUCGACAACAUAUUUUAGAUAUCUACAAGAAUUAUAUAACUUUUUCACAGCAUCUACCCAUCGUUGGGAAAUUUUACUAUUUUAUUUAAAAAAGUCUAAGUGUGUAAAAAGUUUGUCUCAAACCCGAUGGUCAGCAAGAUACGAAGCGGGUAAAUCUUUAUGUACUUCUUGGAGUGAAAUUAAAAACGCUUUACAGGCUAUUAUUGAUGAUGCCAAUGAAAAACCUGUAACAAAAUUUGACGCUUCAGUUCUUUUGAAACCUUUUAAUACUAUAGAAAUGUGCUUUAUGACUGUUUUUUGGAAUGAAGUAUUAGAAAGGUUUCAUAUAGUUAAUAAAAAACUUCAAUCAGUUAAUAUUGAGUUAGGAAUGAUUGUUGAAUUAUAUGGAUCCUUAGAGCAGUACAUAUCUAGAAUUAGAAAUAAUUUUGAAGAAUAUGAAGGAAAAGCUAUACAAAUAUGCGGUGAAAUGCAGUACAAAAAAGACAAGCGGAGAACUGUUAAGAGAAAACGUCAAUUCGACGAAACAAUGAAUGAAGUGAUCACAGAAACAGGCAAGGAAGAUUUCAGAAUAAAUGUAUUCUUCGUUAUAUUGGAUAAAUUGAAUGCUGAACUCGUAAGGCGAGGCAGUUCAUAUAAAAAUUUAUGUGUCAAGUUUGAUUUUCUUACAAAUAUUUGUAGUUUUGACGAGGAAAUAAUUUCUGAGAAAACUAGGGCACUAAUAGAACAAUAUCCUAAUGAUAUUGAAGAAUCAUUUACAAAUGAAUGUCUUCAUUUGCGUGAUCAUCUUUUUUUUAAAUCUGAUAAAAAAAGAAACGCCCAAGAACUUUGUAAGAUGUUGUAUACAAAUGAUUUAAUAGAUAUUUAUCCGAACGUCACAACAGCGUUACGUAUGUAUUUGUGCACGUUUGCAACAAAUUGUACAGCAGAGCGGUCGUUUUCAGCAUUGAAAAGAGUAAAAUCGCAUCUUCGUUCAACUUUGGAGUCAGAUAGAUUAAACGCGACAUCAAUACUACACAUAGAAUCUGAGAUGCUUCGGAGUAUAAAUUAUGAUGAUAUAAUCGACGAUUUCGCGUCUAAAAAAGUUCGUCGUAAAAUGUUAUAG